AUGCCGGGAAUUGAUCCGAACCUCAUCUCGCACAAGCUUAAUGUCGACCCCACAUGUCGCCCAAUUAAGCAAAAGAAGCGGAACUACUCCGCUCAGAAGAACCAGGACAUCGCAGCCGAGGUUAAGAAACUUUUAGACGCAGGGUUCAUUGAGCCCUGCCAAUACCCUGAAUGGCUGGCGAAUGUAGUAAUGGUUCAGAAAGCUAAUGGCUCCUGGAGAAUGUGCGUUGACUUCACGGAUUUGAAUAGGGCCUGUCCGAAGGACUUCUAUCCCUUGCCAAGAAUCGACCAGCUGGUUGACUCGACAAGUGGCCAUGCUCUGCUCAGCUUCAUGGACGCAUUUUCUGGGUACCAUCAGAUUUUCAUGCACCCCGAUGACAGAGCAAAAACGGCAUUUGUUACAAGCGCCGGGGUGUAUAAUUACAAAAUGAUGCCCUUCGGCCUAAAGAACGCCGGGGCAACGUAUCAGAGGUUGGUGGACCAGGUGUUUGCCGAACAAAAAGGUCGCAACAUGGAAGCCUAUGUUGACGAUUCCAUCGUCAAAAGCAAGGAGGCAAAAGAUCAUGUUGCGGACCUAGCUGAAACGUUCGCCACCCUGAGAAAACAUCAGAUGAAGCUGAAUCCGAAGAAAUGUGUCUUCGGCGUGAGGUCUGGGAAAUUCCUAGGUUUCAUGGUCAGCAAAAGGGGGAUUGAUGCCAAUCCUACCAAAGUGCAAGCAGCUCUUGACCUUCCCGAGCCGAAGACGAAAAGGGAUAUUCAGCGCCUUACGGGGAGAAUGGCCGCCUUGUCCAGGUUCAUCUCAAAAGCCUCGGACAAAGGCCUGCCCUUCUUCAAGGCGCUUAAAUUUCCGAAGUCAAAAGAGCUCAUAUGGGAAGAUGAGCAGAAAGUAGCCUUCCAGCAGCUCCGAGAGCACCUGGCAAAUCUUCCGACACUGGCAAGACCAGCUGAAGGGGAGAUCUUGUACUUAUACGUAGCAGUUAGCCCUGCUACGGUGAGUGCGGUGCUGCUGAAGGAAGAGGAAAAAGUCCAACAACCAAUCUACUUUGUCAGUCAUACUUUGACUGAUGCCGAAACACGCUACCCUUUGCUCGAAAAAGUCGCAUAUGCGGUGGUGGUAGCAGCUCGGAAGUUAAGGCCUUAUUUUGACUCACAUCAAAUCGUGGUCCUAACGGACCAACCGCUGGAGAAAGUCCUCGGCAAGGUGGAAAAAUCAGGCAGACUGACAAAGUGGGCCUUCGAGCUCACCGAGUUCAGCAUAAGCUACCAGCCGAGGGCAGCAAUAAAAGCCCAGGCCCUAGCAGACUUCCUAGCCGAAUGUUCCUAUCAGGAAAUACUCGACGAAGGGAAGGGGACUUGGACAGUAUUCACGGAUGGCUCAGCCACCGUAAAUGGCUCGGGAGCUGGGGUGGUAAUCACCUCUCCCGAGGGCAAAAACUUCGAGUAUGCACUCAAGUUCUCAUUUAAGGCUUCUAACAACGAAGCAGAAUAUGAAGCAGCAGUUGCUGGCUUGGAAUUAUGCAUAGCACUCGAAGCCGAACAUGUCUGUCUGAAGAUAGACUCUCAGCUAGUCGCUAACCAGAUCCGGGGCGAGUAUGAGGCCAAAGAACCCUCCAUGAUAUCCUACCUUGCCAAGAUCAAAUCAGUUAUAGCGAAGCUGAGAACUUUUGAGAUCGAGCUGAUCCCAAGGGGUCAGAAUGCUCAAGCCGAUGCACUCUCUAAACUCGCAAGUUCAACUCUUACAGAGCUGAAUCGGUCCGUGUAUGUGGAGGUGCGCCGAACCAGAAGCAUCGACCCAGAAAUCGAGGUUCAGUGUGCUGAGGUGGAGCCCAGCUGGAUGGACCCCAUCUUGGCUUAUAAGCUUCAAGGGACGCUGCCCGAGGACAGGAACUUAGCAGCAAAAAUAAAAAGGAUAGCCUCAAGGUUCAUCGUCUACAAAGGGGAGCUACUGAAAAAAUCCUUCUCGGCCCCACUAUUGAAAUGUGUGGGUCCAACAGAUGCGGAUUACAUCCUUCGGGAGAUCCACUUCGGUAUCUGUGGAAACCACGUUGGGGGGAGGACCCUAGCCCAUAAGGCACUACGGGCAGGAUACUAUUGGCCAACGUUGAUUCAUGACGCUAAAGACUUGGUGCGGAAAUGUGAAAAAUGUCAAAAAUUUGCACCCGUUAUUCACAGGCCUUCGAGGGACCUUCAGCCGAUACUGAAUCCAUUCCCCUUCGCUCAAUGGGGGUUGGAUAUUUUGGGACCAUUCCCCGAGGCUCCCUACCAGAAAAAAUGGCUGAUAGUAGGAAUAGACUACUUCAGCAAAUGGAUAGAGGCUGAAGCAGUUUCAAAUAUAACUGAGCAAACUGUCAGGAAGUUCAUCUGGCAGAAUAUCAUCACGCGCUUCGGCAUCCCAAAAGUGCUUGUCUUCGAUCACGGAAGACAAUUUGACAAUUUGCCGCUGAGGCGGUACAUAGAUCAGUUCGGCAUAAAACUGGCGUACUCAGCAGUCUGUCAUCCUCAGAGUAACGGCCAGGCCGAAGCUGCAAAUAAACAGAUACUCAACGCUCUCAAAAAGAGAGUUGAAGAUCAAAAGUCCAAGUGGAUAGAGGAACUCCCUUGA